CUCACACUUCCUCUAUCUGCUACAUUCAACCUCAGAUAGCUGUGUGGCAUCUACUCUUAUUAGCUGCAAUCAACAAGUCAGCAAUGUCUGGAAGUCCUGCAGUGGUUAUGCGACUGGUGGCCUCUGCCUACAGUGUAGCUGAAAAGGCUGGCACCAUUGUAAGAAAGGUCCUUCACAGUGGAGAACUUGGUAUUGUCGAAAAGACGGGAGUUAAUGAUCUGCAGACGCUGGCGGAUAGACUGGCACAGCAGAGCAUUUGUGCUUCACUCUCCAGACGUUUCCCCAAAAUUACCAUCAUUGGAGAGGAGGAGCUUCCAGACGAAGAGGUACAGGAAGAUCUCAUUGAGAAUGGCCAGGCAGAAGAAAUCCUUCAGAAGACCUGUCCAGCAGAGUACAGCGGGCUGAAAGAAGAGGAGCUAGUUGUGUGGGUGGAUCCCCUCGAUGGCACAAAGGAGUACACUGAAGCGUCGAGGUGCCUCCAUCUCCGAGCUGUAGCCCAGAAACCACUCAAAGGGUCGGAAACCUCCCAGCCUCACAGCACAGCUCUCUGGCUCUUGGAUAAUGUCACGGUGCUUAUUGGUAUUGCAUACAGAGGCAGAGCAAUCGCAGGUGUCAUCAACCAGCCGUUCUACAACUACCAGCUGGGAGCAGGAGCAACCUUAGGAAGAACCAUGUGGGGAAUGCCAGGAUUGGGUGCCUUUGGAUUCCAGCUGCAGGAAGUUCCAGGUGAUAGACGAAUUGUCACGACCACUCGUUCCCAUAGCAACAAGCUGGUAACAGACUGCGUAGAUGCCAUGGAGCCACACGAAGUUAUAAGAGUGGGUGGUGCUGGAAACAAGAUAAUUCAGCUUGUGGAGGGAAAGGCUUCUGCUUAUGUGUUUGCCAGUCCAGGAUGCAAGAAGUGGGACACUUGUGCUCCUGAAGCCAUCCUGCAUGCUGUUGGAGGUAAACUGACUGAUAUGCACGGAAAUGCAUACCGCUAUGAUGCUAAAGUAAAGCACAUGAACUCUGCUGGGGUUCUUGGUACACUACGCAACCAUGAGUACUACGUCUGCAGAGUACCACAGUCAGUGCUGCAAGCUCUCAAGUCAGAUUGAGGUCUGUCUUCUUGUCCCCCCACUGCAGAGAAAUCAUUUUACCCCUUUAACGUUUGAUUUUUAUAUCUCAUUUCAGCCACAUAUAAAUGGUUAUUUACAAAACAA